CGGGCAUUGCCUGCGGGAUCUCGCUGCCCCUACUCGGUACUCCUACUAGGUCCCUAGUGGUCCCCGUACUCACUCCUGUCGCCUCCUGGUGCCUCCUGGUGCCGCCGAAAUUCAAAUACUGAGAGCUACAGCAACCUGUCCCAUCUGGAUUUCUAAUCGCGUCAUCUUUUCACUCAGUCUCCGUCUUUCCACCACCCACCAUCCGCUACCCCCUCUUAUCUCAUUCACCGUUCAUCAUUCACCGUCCAACCAACCGUCCACCCCUCCUAGUCUCGAUUCCCUCAGCCUCACAGCCUUCGCUGCGCAGUUCUUCCUCUUAUAUAACCUUCACGCUGGCCGCCUCAAUCCGUCCUUCCUCCAUCAAAAUUCAGCGCCUGUCACUCACACCCGCAGCCCUACUUCGAACCAGAAUAACCCCCUCGAUCCGUUCCUUCUCAACCACCCUCUCGACUCAGUUUUCGCAGUCGUCCUCCAAAAUGGUCGUCCACAACCUUGCAGAGUACGUAGCCUACCAUCAAGCCAAGCUGCGUGAGGAGCAGGCUCGCAAUGCUCCCAAGCCUGCCAAAAAGUACGGUGUUAACCCCAUCCACAGCAAGUCCUCCUACAACACCUCGAUUGUUCAAGCCCCUGCCGACCGGCUCGUCGUCCUCGACUGCUUUGCCACCUGGUGCGGUCCUUGCAAGGUCAUUGCCCCCGAGGUCGCAAAAUUCUCCGAAUCGGAUGACUUCAAGGACAAGGUCGAUUUCUACAAGGUCGACGUCGACGAGGUUCCCGACGUUGCCCAGGAACUGGGCGUCCGCGCCAUGCCCACCUUCAUGAUCUUCAAGAACGGCGAGAAGGUCGCCGAGGUCGUCGGUGCCAACAAACGCGCCCUUGAGCAGGCGAUAAGAAGCAAUCUGUAAACUGUUGUGUUUACGACCUCCCCUGACUCGGACCUUCCCUCAUCUCAACGAGUGCCGACCGCGUCUCGAUUGGUCGGUCAGAUCUCCGGUUGCACGAGAGUGAAAAUGGAAAGCAACAGAGAGAAGAUGUUCUGAGAGAAAACGAAAAAUCACGGUACUCCAACGGAAGUGCCUUUUGGAGCGGAAUGGCUGUGUGUGCUAUUUCGCACUAAACAGAGCCCAUACAGAAAUGAAUGUCUGCCACUGCAUUUCCACAAGUGCCAUUUCCUAACGUUGUCUUAUGCUCCGGUUGAGCUGAAUUGCAUCGCGCUUGAUAUGACCGAGGCGCCUUUUGUCCCGGUUCUGAAAGGAGUGUGAUUCUGCCUCAAACUUGCAAAGGUUGAAUAUACACAGGCCUGGGGAGUGCCCACCAACCUCGAGCGCCUCCUUAUAAAUGAAUGCCGAUCCCUCACCUUUUCAGAUUCCUCCUCCGCCAAAUUGCGUUGAGCCUCGCCUCGCCUCGCCACGUCACAUUUCUCUGACAUAUGUCCACGUGUGCGAAGAAUCCACACCUCCUCGUCUUGAUGCAGGUGUCAAAGCCGUCCCGUUCCCAUUCCCAUGACUUUUGUGCGAGGUUGCAGUACCAAAGUGUUUAGCAUCAAGACCCCCCUGACCCGCUGGAGAGGAAUGCACAAAAAGGGAGGGGUGUUUUGAGCCGCACCUGACACUCCAUAGGUGAGGCGCAAGACUGGAAAAUGCUCGUUGCAACCACCACAAGUAUUUUUUGGGGGGUCUUUUCGCGUUUUAGUCAGAAAGACUAAUCCAUAAUAUGGAGACACGCAGCAAACCACUCUCGAGGGAGCGAGGGAGUGUAAGGGGGGGGGGCCAUCCCCAGAUGGCGAAAGACUUCGGAUUCUUCCCGUCUUCCAACUCGCCCGCUUGCCCCUGAUUUCGUGGCGGAGGCUGCUUCAACGCCGACGACAAGGCAGGUGUCUUUUCUCGUGAUGGGGAAAAAAGGGCCUAGAGGGGAAACGGGCCUCGAUGGGCGACGACAUACAGCAGGUCGUGAUCUCUGAC